GCGCGCACACUAUCCGCGUGGUUUAUCUUUCCUUGACUCGCUCGCGGGACUGAAACGCCUGCAGCUGAGCUCGCGCUGUAAUCUGGCGACUGGAAAUGGACAGCAGUAACGGAGGACCGGUGGAUCCACCUCACACAGAUAUGAAGCGUCCAAAGAGCCCCGACUGGCUGGAGAGUAGCCCUCCUCCCAAGAGUCAGGAGGAGGAGGAGGAGGAGGAGGAGGAGGAGGAAGAUGAGGAGGAGAAGAGGGCAGUGGCAGUAGUACACAGGGCCAAACGAGAGCGGCGUCAGGGCAGCAGCAGUGCCACGAUGUGCCAAGUGUGCAGCAUACAGCUGAACUCCAGUGCACAGGCCCAGAUCCACUACAGAGGGAAGACGCACCAGAGGAGGCUGCGCCGACUGGCGAAGGCUGUCAGCACAGGAGCCCUCUCCCAGAGCCAGGUCCACCCACUCCUGGGCUCCCUGUCUCUGCCUGGUCGACCCCUCCAGCCGCAGACUCAUGCCCAGCUGGAGCAUUUCCUGCCGCUCAGGGUCAACAGCUCCUCGCCGCUCAGCCUUUUCCCCAAUUUCAGCACGAUGGACCCGGUGCAGAAGGCCGUGAUCAACCACACCUUCGGCGUGGCUCCACCCAAGAAGAAACCCAUCAUCUCUUGCAACAUCUGUCACCUGCGCUUCAACUCCACUACCCAGGCGGAGGCUCACUACAAAGGUCACAAACAUGCUCGCAAGCUGAAGGCCUUGGAGACGCAGAGGAACCGGCAGAAGAACGGACACAGCCAAUCCACGACAGGAAAAGACAGAGACAGAGAGAGGGGGAUGAUGGGAGGAGGAACGGUGCCUAUAGACUCACAUUUGAAAGACAUAACAGGCCCAAGUACUUCUUCCCAACCUGCAAAGCAACAACCAGAAAACGUCCAGGAGAUCACGCUGGCAACUACUCCUUCCUUACAGCCGUCACCCUCAGACUCCUCCUCGGUCCGCUCUCCUCAGAUGUCCCCACAAAUCUCCCCUUGCUCUCAGCUUUCUGAUCCUCCCUCAGACAGUUCGCCUAUGGAGGAGGGCAGUCCGGCCACCAGUUCAGCAGAGAAAGCAGAAGAGGCUAAUGAGGCCAAGAGCAACAAAAAACCUCUUCACUGUCCUACGUGCAAAGUGACGGUCAAUUCUAACUCACAGCUGGAGGCUCACUGUAGUGGCUCUAAGCACAAACAGAUGCUGGAUGGUCACAACAGCAGCCAAUCACAACGCAGGAUCAAGAUGACAUCAUCGCCCAGGCCCACCAGCCGAAUUAAGCAGCGAAUGGGCAGCAAGACCAGAGCAGUCGUGGGCAUAUCCAGCCAGCCCUUUCACUGUGAAAUGUGCCAGGUGUCUGUCAACUCCGAGACACAGCUGAAGCAGCACAUGAGCAGCAGGAGACACAAAGAGCGUUUGGCUGGGAAGCCUGUCAAGGCGAAGUUCACCCCCUAUAAUAAACUGCAGCCCAGUGCUAUCUUAGCGACCAAACUGGCCCUGCAGAAGCAGCUAUCUAAGGCCCUGCCGGCAGGGUUUCUGACCAACCCCCUCAAUCAAGCUGCCUUGUGCACCAUGGCGUCUGGACCAUUGGCACUACGGCUGCCUCCGGGUCCCACAGCCAUCAUCCAUGGUCCCCUGAUCAGCCCCACACUCUUCAGGCCUGCCCCGGGACCUCUAAGGGCCACACAUGCGCCAAUUAUCUUCUCUCCUUACUAGCAAUGAGCCACGCUAGGCUGGAGGACCUGCAGUAGAGUGGACCUGACCUAGCCAGAGCUGGACUGGCAGAAAACUUUGGCUUGGUCCAUUUGGCCAAAGCAAAGGACCUCCUGUGGGACACCAGGACACUAUGCAGUGACUGCGAUGGAAGCAUAUCAGCAUGUCAAGUUUGGCAGGUUCAAGUCAUAAGAACAGUAUGCACAAUCCCUCGGUGUGGAUUGAGAUAUCAGUACUGGAUGACCAGUGUCUCCCACCCUUUAAAAAUGGAAGGACCAUCGCUUAGCUGUUUCCCCUCAACAAACUGUUGAGUGCAUGUUCCCCGGGGUCUGGACCCCUCUGGAAGCCAUAAUGACAAGCAUCAUAUAGUUUUAUUUAUAAGAAAAUAAUAGACUUAAAAAAAAUAGGGUGUGUAAAUGUUAGUGUUUGUUACCAAAAUUAUUUAAAUUUCAGAGCUUUCUAGUUGUACUCUAGUACAAUACUUCAUUCCUGCUUUGUCUUCAUAACCAAAAUCAAGAAAAUCCAGGAUUGAUUUCCCUCAUCAUCCCUCAAGUGGCUAUUUCCAUAAAAUCACCCUCCACCAAUGAAAAUACAAAGGAGAUCCAUAACUUUACAUUACUGAGGAAAUUUCUUCUCAACAAAUGUGUAUCUUUACAGCAAUUGUCUGAUGUGAAUGCCUUUUAUUUAUGAUUUGUUUUAUUUAAAUACAUAUGUUUUUUUCUCUGUUUCUCUCUUGUUCUGUGUAAUGAGGUGACAAUCAACCAUCACCCUGAUAUGAUGCCAAGAAUAUUCGCCAUAUGGAUACAGACUACAUCUAAUGAUAUGUGCACACAAUGAUAUGUUUUCAUUUAAAGUUAUAGAAUAAAAGGACUUGUGUGGAAAAAUAAGCUACAAUUCAGCAACAGCUUGAUGCUGUUUGUGCAAUAUGAAGAGAGACGGGCUGUUCCCCAAACUUUAAAUGAUUUAUCCACAAGUUUAAAUGUGUCUUUGAUGUCUUUAUUAAACCUGUUUUUUUAUAUAGAGCUGUAUUAAAAAAAACAUUCUCUCACUUUAGAAAUCCUCUCCCAUCUGAUUGUGCUGAAUCAUCCUAAGCAAUAUGUAUUUUUGAAGUGUCACCUGGUAAAAUUAAUGACUAGUGUAACUGUGCAUCAAUUGCAAUAAUGUAAAUGAUUAUGUGCUAAAAAUGUCAAUACUGUAUUCUAUAUGAACUUAUAAAUAGUAAUGUUUUUUA